AUGGCGGGCACUGGCUGGGCUGCUGGGACUAGCGCCACGCCUCACGCCUGGUCUCGCCUAACAAGGUACCUUGCCUACGUACCGCCAGAUUCAGAUUCGCCCAUCCUUCCAUUUCAUCCACUCUUGCGGGCUUCUUCAAUCUUCAAUCUUUCCUCUCAUCUUGAAAACGACGAUACGAUUCCGCGACAGACGCUCCCUCGACGACGCACCGAAACACGCCCAAGAAGGACCUUGUCGGCAUUCUCAUCGAUUCAUCUCACAGAUCCGGACUUCGAUACGCCGCCCAUUGCGGCACCGCGCGGCAUGGUCACCAAGGAAUUCCUCGACUCGGACAGAGUCAACUUCCUCGUCUGGAGAUACCUCUUGGAGAGCAAUUACCGCGAGACCGCAGCCAAGUUCCAGAAGGAGUGGCACGUUCAGCAACCUCAUCGCCAAUUUGAUUUCGCAAACCACGUCAAGAGUCAUGCAUUGGUCUCCGUCAUCAACAAAGGCCUCUGCUACCAAGCCCUUGAGAGGGAACACGCAACUAAGGUAACCCAAUUCGCAUCCGACCGACGUGUGGCUGGCACUCGCCUCUUCGUCUUCUCCCCCGGCGCCGAGGGUGAUGGCGGCAGCGCAGCCCGAGGCGACCAAAGGAUGGACGGAGAUGUGGGUGUGGGCAACGUAACGUACGAACAGCAAACUGACACUUUUUUUUUUUUGCGCGUGCAGCAGGUGCCUCAAGAUGCAGCGGCAGCGGCCGAAGCUUUGCAGGUGGGGUUGUUUGGGCCAUUGAUCCCCCAGCCGCCUCACAAGAUCGAGGAGGAUGAGGACGCGGAUGGGGAGGUAGACGACACGGAAAUGGAGGUCGAAAACUCUCGAAAACGCCAACUUGACAGCCGGCCACAGCAGCACCUGGUGAAUGGCGGCUCACCCAGCAAGCGGCCCAGGCUCAGCAAUGGGUACGAAAGCACGAAUGGGGCGGAUGCAGCCACGGACCCCAUGGAGCUAGACAACCACGGGGACAACAACCACGCCUACCCGUCGCCCCUGGAAGGCGAACAAGCUCCGACGCCCACUCCGAGAACAGAUGGCCCCGAGCAGGGCACGCAGGUCGACAAAGUCCAGGAAUUGGCAACAGAGACGACGUUUUUGCGAUUAAUGCCCGAUGACACCACUUCCACCGCCAGCAACCCGCAGGACGGCGCCGCCGCGACGACUACCGCAGCGACCGGUGCCGCUUCGCCCUCGCCAGCCAACGGUGAAAAUGCACCCAUCUUGUUGCGCUGCGAGUGGAACCCCAAGGACCCAUCCAUCUUGGCGGCUGCUGGAACCGAUGCGCUAGCCCGGAUUUGGACCAUUUCACGUUCAAGCACUAUGACGCCUGCGCCUGAUUCCGAGUCCGACGGUCACGUGCAUGGCGUCCAUCGCCCUUACCACAGUCUCAUGGACGACGAGACUCCAAAGUCAGCAACUGUCGGUCAGCUUGCCUGGAACUGGGGGGGAACAGCCAUCGCUAUCGCGGCCGAGUACGGCGACAAGGCAUCUGUUCACAUCUGGGCCAAGGACGGCUCGCAUGUCGACAAGUUCGACGUCUCGGACCCUCCGGUGAUCAAGCUCCGUUGGAGCCCAAGCGACGCCGCUCUGCUGGCCAUUGCCCCCGAUAACAGCAACGGCAAUGGCAACGGGGGCGCGCUGGUCACUGUCUAUCACUCACUGACCUCGGCCACCUUGUCUUAUUUCCUCCCGAACCACGAUCUGCUCAAUUGGCCGCUCGACGCAGCAUGGACAAGCGAGACAGAGUUCCUCCUCACCGGCGGCGACGUGAUGCUGUCGCUGAGGUGCACCGACACGGCCAUCCUGCCGAACAAGAAGUUUGAGAGUCGGGACGACGACACUUUCACCCAGGUGGCGUAUGACUGGCGCUCAAAGCUGGCUGCCACAUCAAGCGACAAGGGUAUCCUUGAUCUCUGGGAUGAAAACGGCCAGCGCCGGUCCAUAACUGCUCACUCUGGUGCAAUCACCGCACUGCAAUGGCAACCCCUGCCGGCCGACUCAAGCCCGCCCGAAGACGAGCGCCUCAUUGCGACUGGAGGUGACGACUGCGCGAUUCUCAUUUGGAAUGCCAAAUUCCCAGAUCAGAAACCCAAGUCCUACUUCACGAUGGAGUCACCAAUAGUCGCUGUCUCAUUUACUCCAGAUGGAGCCUUCAUUGCGGGAGCCACCGCUGGUCACAUUCUCAUUUGGAAGGUUGGAGAGCAUACGAUGCCUCGUGCGAGCUGGAGCAGGGCGCCACAUCCGGGCUGGUUGAGCCCUAAGGCGAACUCGGAGCCGGAGGAAGAGGAUGAACACUGUCUGUGUUGGGAUGCUGAUGGACAGAGACUCGCGUACGGAGCCAACAGCCGAUUGGCUGUCAUAAACUUCAGCCGGUAA